CGCUACUACAUUGUCAAUCGAUUUUUUCUCCUUUCAGUCUACAUCGACUCCAAAAACUUAGCGCAUCGGACCAGUAGAUUUUCAGUUUCAAAUUUGUUCAACUGGUCUUCCAUUUCUUCACAAUUACAACUGAUUAUCCGUCAUUCCUUCGGUCUUCUGCUUCAAACAUGGACAUGAUGGCAUCUACGUCAUAUUCUGGAGAGUCAUCGAGCUCGAGUUCGGGCCUGCGAGAACAUAGAUUUCAAUGGAAAAUAUUCGACAACAAAUGUGCUGUGUGUCAUCAUAACAUACAACCUGGUAAGGAGGUAUUCGAAUGUGGUGGAUGUCAUAAAAUAGUCCACACUGCCUGCAAAGUUUCGCUUCCAGUUCCAUGCGUGCCACUAACAAAUCCAAAAAGGGGAACCCUCGCUGAUUAUGUGCCGGAUAAACCACCAUACGUACCAUCUCUGGUAAUGGAAUGUAUAUACCAAGUUGAAACCCGUGGUGUGGAGAAGAGAUUCUUGUACAGAAAAAACGGCGACAUUAUCGAAGCCAAACGAUUGGUUAAAGAGUACCUUGGAGAUAAAAUAGUACCGGAUUUGAGCAACAUCGAUACAGAAACAGUUACCUUGACUUUGAAACUAUUUUUGACUUCUUUGAGCGAUGCACUCAUUACCGAUGAAGUUCGGGAUGAUUUUGUCGAAGCAUCUCGCAUCCUUGAUUCAAAAAAAAAGCACGAAGCACUUUGUGAUGCUAUGCGAAGCCUUCCACGGUUUAAUCGCGACACUCUCAAUUAUCUUCUCGAACAUUUGCAAGAAAUUAUUCAGGAAGGACCUAGCGGCAUUUUUCAUCGUCUCGCCUACGUUUUUGGCCCCAUUGUGGUCGGUGGAAGCUCUCAAUAUCUAACCCCAUCUUUAUUUAUGAUUUCACGAGAAGAUCAAAUUGAGGUUUUUGAAAGUCUGUUGGAACUGGGAGAUUGCGAUGAUGGCCUCUGGAUAUAAUCUUUUUCUUUUGUGCUAAUAUAUUGUACCCAUUUGUAUGAGCCCAAAAGAUUUGACCAGAAUGUACACCAAAUCUAAUUGCUAUGUGAUGCUGUGAAAACGCACACAAUUGUUUGCUGGUGCAUUGAGUGCACGAUGAAAUAAAAGAAUUCUCUGAAAUGAA